AUGGCAAAGGUCUCUGGACUCAAGCCCAAGGGGGCGGCGAGCAAGGCCAAGGCCAAGACUCAUGUGGUGCUCAAGCACCCUCCCUACCUCGAGAUGGUUCGUCAGGUCAUCAUUGACGACGCGGACAAGACCGGCACCUCACGCCAGACGAUCAAGAAGCGCAUCGCCAACAAGUACGGCCUCGACCCGCUCAGCCCCACCACCAAGAACAACAUCAACCGAGCCAUCCACAGCGGCAUGGAGAAGAAGGAGUUCCUGCUGCCCAAAGGCCUGACGGGCAAGGUCAAGCUGGCGGGCAAGGUGAUCCACAAGCAGGUCGAGCCCAAGGUCAUCAAGCCCAAGAAGCAGAAGCCCAUCACCGAGGUCAAGACGAAGAAGAAGAAGAAGCCCGUCACCGAGGUCAAGGCGAGGAAGAAGGUGAAGAAGGUGGCGGCCACCGGGGCCAAGAAGGCCGGAUCGCCCUCCAAGAAGACGGCCAAGAAGACCAAGGCCUCCACCAGCCGCAAGCAGGAGAGCAGCGACGAGAGCGGCAGCGAUGACGACGACAGCAGCGACGACGAUGACCGCACCAGCGUCAGCAGCGGCAGCCUCAGCAGCGACACCGGAGGAAACGAGCCCGACGUGUCGUCGACCGACGACGACGAGGAGAGCCAAGUGUCACCGACUCGCGCCAAGGGCAAGGGCAAGCAGGGACAGGCAACCUACAAGUCCAAGGCGAGCGGAUCGUCUAAGAAGCAGCAGCCUGCCGCCAAGAAGGCCGCUCGUAAGCGUUCCUAG